AUAGAUACAGACAUUGUCGAGGAGAUCGCUCGUCAUGACUUCCCAGCCUCUAGUCUCCGGAGAAUCAUACUCACUGCAGGCAAAAUCUUGCCGGAAGACAGCCUCUCUGUUCACACUGAUGAACUAUGUCAGUUCCCCACUCUCGAAUCCUUGCUUCCUCACCUGCUUGCCUAUUUCUCCGUCCUCGCUUCAUGUCUGCACACCAGUGGGAACCCCAGCGCUUCAUUCACGUUCAUGAAUAGGACUUACUCGUAUACGGCAUCAUUGGUGGAAAUGGCAUCCCAGUUCGAAUGGUCGCAUGUGCUGGAAUAUCAUACCCUGUAUAUGAACAAGCGCCAACAUGAGAUGAGGCGAGGAAAUUACAGUGGAUGGGGCCCAGUAGAU